AUUCUUUUCUUGUCUUCAACUAGGUAGGACAAGUUUCAACACCAAGAAAACUCUCUCCUAAUCUCCUUUAUUUUCUUCUUUCAAUUUGCUCUUUAUAUAAUUCCUUCCACCAAAAAGCUCCUUUUGUGAUUGUCUCAUCUUUUUUGUUUUCUACUCUUUUCUAAAAGUUGAAUUUUUUUUUGAGGAUCGAAUGUGGCAGAGACAGGUUCGAAGAUGUUCUACGAGGGAAUGGAUCAAUGCCGUUGAAGCUGAUAUUCACCAUGCCAACACUUUGGUGGCUGCUCUUCCCAGAAAUAUUAUAGGAGGGGAUACUGUUCAAAUGAAACUAUGUUUGAGCCCAUUUGCACCGUUGUUGCUUUUUGUACUAGAAUGGAUGGACUGCAGCUGUUUCGACACCUUUCUCACUUGUUUAGGCCUCUUUCACGUCCUUGUAUACAAGGUAUACGCGGAUGAGAUGGCGAUUGCGAGCCCAGAAGAAAGGCGAGCCACUCUGCGCGAAUUCUACGCAGCUGUGAUAUACCCGAUGGCGAAGCAGCUGGAAGGGAAUGUAGCGGAAGUAAUGGAGGAGAAUCUGAAAUCCGAAUGUGAAGCAGAGGAAUGUGGGAUAUGCAUGGACAUGGAUGAUUGCGUUGUGCUCCCCAACUGCGCCCACUCCAUGUGCAUCACCUGCUUCAACGACUGGUGCGCGCGAUCGCGGUCGUGCCCCUUCUGCCGAGCCAGCCUCAACCGAGUCGCAUCCGCUGAUCUCUGGGUUCUAACCAGCAGGUCUGAUGCCGUCGACGCCCUCACCCUCGCUAAGGACCACCUCACGCGCUUCUACCUCUACAUCCAAAGUUUGCCUCUUUUGUCUCCAUCGCAACAUUCUAGCUUGCUCAUGUACAAUUAUCUCAUCUAGCUACCUACCCUAUUUUAUUUGCACAACUUUUUCAUAAAUUCUGAUUUUCUAUGCUCGAAUUUUUCAGUAAAAAUUCUUACAAGAUUGGGUUUUUAUUGGAA